AUGACAUCAAUUAAAUCAAUGAAAUCAAUGAAGAGACAGAGCAAACUCUAUGCAGACAUCGUCGAUUACCAAAAUCUCAGAUCAUUGUUCUCAUUGCAGGGAUGCUCAUCUCUAACUUGCUCAUGCAAGAAAUCCCUAGUCAACAGCUAUCGACUCGAGUCUCUCGGCGUCUUCCCAUGUGUCCGUUGCAUCCGCCUUCGACCGAACCAAUCUCUCGUCGUGGCCGGUCAACGCCUUCCUUCUAAUGUCCACCACCUUUCAACCACUGCAUGCCCGGGUGUCGGACCACCUCAGCCGCAAAACACCAUACCUCACGACAUCAGCCCGUUUCCUCGGCGGCCUACUGGGUCGAUUCUCUUGACCCAUGUGGUCGGGGUAGAGAAGCGGGGGUAUUAUCAAUCGAUGAACUACGCUGUCUACGGGGUAGGUUCGGGGUCCUUGGUUCUGCACUUGGAGGCUUUCUGGUCGACAGAUAUGGCUGGAAUAUGGUAUAUAAGCUCCAAGAUCGACAACCACCGCUCAUUGACGAAAAAGGCGCAGAUACCAUUCGCAGCCACUGCCCUUUUGCUCUUGGUCGUUUCCAUACCGUCCCGCGCUCGCUUGACGGCCAUGAAUGGGAUCAAAGAUGAUCAGAAAACCGCCUUUCUUCAGAACUACGACUGGUGGGGAUCCAUGCUCUUGCAUUUGCUACGGAAGUUAUCCACUUUGACCCUGCUCUUUGGUCUCUUGACCACAGGUGGUAGCACCAUCCCGUGGAUCCAUCCGAUCGAGAUCGCAUUAGGAAUCCCUAUACUUCCAAUCUGUCCUCCUCGAACCACCCCAAAAGGCCAGCCUACACCUCCUCAUUCCCUCCCUCGCCUUCACCCUCACCAGCGCGACAACCUCAUCGAUAUUCGCACGACUAAAGACGCCCGCGCAUACCCUCCAGCAAGCCAGGCCCUCCUCGCCCUCGGAACCUUAGCCCUGUUUGUAGUUGUGGCAUGCACCUCCGCUCACACCCGUCUGCCGGAAUCCAUCUAUAACCUGGCCCUGCUCCUCCCAACUCUAGGCAUGGGCAUGAUGGCCCCCAGCGCGGUAUUGACGCUGCUAAGCUCCUCCACGAAAGACGACCACGCCGUGGCGAACGGAUGCUUUAUUAUGAUGCGCUCGCUGGGGGUGUUCAUGGCUGUUGCUGCGGGGACGACGACCUUGCAGAAUGUUUUUGAGGGGACGGUGGCAGCAGCGCAGCAGACAAUCGAGGGGUCAUCUCGAGAGAUGAUCGAAUCAGCCCGCCACACGAUCGAGAUGAUACCUACGCUGCCGGAGCCGGAGCGCUCGAUUGCCUUCGCAGCCCUAUUCGGUAUCUGCGUGAUAUCGGCCGGCUUGAUCGUGCUCAGCCUGAAAGGGGUCCGUGUGCAGGCACUUGAGUUCGGAGAGUAUGGCAAGCAGGCUGGGUCUGAGACCGCUGAAGAAGAGGGGAGCUUUGAGAUGGAGAGAACCAGGCCAUAG